GCCACCUUGCUAACUUCUGAUAUAUAGAGUGAUACUUAACAUUGCAUGACAUAGAUCAGCCAUAGAUGACUGCCGAGCUCUCGUACUGGCGCCCGCCCUCUCACGGAUCACAGACGCACGGAGAUGCAUUAGCGCUGUGCUCCCCUAGUCGAAAAGCGAAUGAGCUGUAGUAUCUGAAGUCGCACAGAAUGUUGUAAAGACGAAGGAUCAACAGUUUAUCGAAUGAAACUGUGUAUAACAGCUCCGCAUUCGCCAGCGACAAAGUAGCAUCCCGCACAGAGCUUCCUCCACCUUCCCCGCCUUCGCCCCUGAUUCCUCCGCAAUCUCUCCACGGCUUGACCCGGGGUAAUUCCCAUGUGGAGAUCCAUUGUUGUUGAUGAGUGAUACUCGGGCUUUUUCGAUCACAUACCGAGCUAGGUUGGAUUAUGUGGGUGCGGCAGCAUCACGGGUGGUGUCGGCUCGCCACCUAGAUCCAGGUCUAGAGGUAACUUAAAUAGUAGGCGUUUCGUCGGAAAGCAUCAUCAGUGUUUGUUCUUGAUGGUUGGGUCCUGGAUCGGAUCCACGAUAGCUGAGAAAAUGGCUACCUGUAGUACGAAAACCGACGAAUCCCAAGAGGGGGUCAAGAUGACCUACGCAGAAGUCGAAAAUCAGAAAGAAGAAAUUCCUGCUGUAUUGGGAAGCCAUGAUAUCAACGAGGAGCAAGUCGCCCUAUUCAGAAAAUUCAUCACGGCUAGCCCCGAGUUCCACCGUAAAAUGACGAAGACUCUUACUCGGAAAGUCGACUUUCAUCUGAUGCCGAUGAUAGCGUUGAUGUUUAUGCUCAACUUCCUAGAUCGAAACAACCUCUCACAAGCUCGUCUUGGAACCCUUGAAAAAGAUCUUGGUAUGACGGGGACGGAUUUCAACUUGGCAACGAGCAUCCUAUUCGUCGGAUAUCUCCUCAUGCAGCUUCCUUCGAAUCUCCUAUUAACGCGGGUACGACCUUCGCUUUACCUCGGCGCGGCUAUGACGAUCUGGGGAACGAUAUCAGCAGCUCAAGCCGCAACGCAUAGUUUCACUGCAAUUGUCUUAUGUCGAUUCUUCCUCGGUCUAGCGGAAGCACCCUUCUUCCCGGGAUCUAUGUUGCUGAUGUCAAGUUGGUACACACGACCCGAGCUGGCUCUCAGGAUCGCGUGGUUUUAUUGCGGCCAUUCGUUUGCCAACGCGUUUGGUGGCCUUCUUGGCGCCGGCGUCCUCGCGAAUUUGAGCGGUGCUCACGGAAUUGCGGGAUGGCGUUGGUUAUUUAUAAUCGAGGGCACCCUCACAAUCGGCAGUGCUAUUUGCUCGACUCUCAUCCUACCGGACUAUCCAGCAACAACUAGGUGGCUCUCUACGGAGGAGCGUGCAUAUGCACAGUGGCGGCUAGUCAAAGAAGUAGGAGAGGCGGAUGCACCUGGUGCCUCAACCAUCAAAGAAGGGGUGAUGCUGGCUUUGAGAGAUCCCCGACUAUACCUAUUUACGCUAUUACAGCACGCUUCGCUACUCACGCAGACUUUCCAGUAUUUCUUCCCGACCAUCCUACAGACCCUGGGCUACGGAAACAUUGAGACUCUUCUCCUUACGGCGCCUGUCUGGGCAUUUACGUUUUUCUCCUCAUUGGUGGUAACGUAUACGUCCGGACGCUUCACCGACCGGAGCAUCCACAUCAUGUGCUUGAUAAUGAUCUCUUGCGCGGGAAACAUUAUUGCAGUGGCAACUCUCAAUACUGCAGGCCGCUUCUUCGCUCUUUUCUUGCUUCCGUUAGGUGCUUUACCUGCGUAUCAGAUUCUUCUGGCAUGGGUAGCUAACAGCUUUCCGAGGCCUUUGGUCAAGCGGAGCGUAUGCAUCUCCUUUACUAACAUGAUCGGGAACACCGCCAACAUUUAUGGCACCUAUAUGUAUCCAUCCGUCGACGGACCUAGAUAUCUCGCUGGCGGGGCUGCUACGGGGGGAGUUUGCAUCCUCGUCGCGCUGUUGACCCUUAUCACAAGGCUCGAAUUGCAGAGGCAGAACAAGAAACUAGUCCUUCGCGAGGAAUUUGAAUCAGACGGAAACCCAACACAACCCAGAGACACAGAAGAGGCCGAAGGCGCUCCCGUAGGUUUUAGAUAUGCCCUCUGAGUAUAUUUGGCUAUUUAGACACUUAGGAGACCAGAUCAUGAAUCGAAAGUAAGCUUGGAAGGGCCUUAGGAGGGUAGUAAAACAGAAAGUAACAGCGUGGCAAGUUUCCAGUGAUUUUGGAUGUACUAUUUGAUACCUAUUACCUGGAUUCUUCGACCUCUGCCAUGUUCAAGUAUAGGUACGAAUUAGGAACAUUUGGUAUUCCUUGACUUCUGUAGACUACAGAUAUACUGUAGACGAGGUAUCUUUCAGUUGAUCCUAUGUACUUAGGGAUCUAAAUGUGUUCGUAGAAUGCGAUCCUACCAUCCAACAACAUGCCGUGAGCUUUGAG